AUGCUGUCAGUCUGCAUUGAAGAACACGCAGCUUUAGCACCUGCGUACACACACCCGCUAAUCCCUCACCCCGUCGUCACUCGUGAGAUUCCUUUAUACCAGUGGGCAGUCGAGCGCCGUGUAGCACCCUGUGAUUGGAAGAAUCUGUUCAAAACCCCAUCUUUCAUUGUUGAACACCUCCACCAUUCCGCUCGCCAAAACCCUUUACUUGCUGUCGAUAAUAAUAUCUCUAAAAGAAAUCAUUGGCACUUGUGUCUGUCCAAACGUGAGAUGCAAGUUCUUGAAUUUCAGAGCCCACAUAUCAAUGAUUCCUUAACGGCUUACGGGGCUGCCGUUUAUUCCAGUAAUGGCUUGCUUUGCGUCGAACUCUUUAGUGAAUCUCAACGCUCCCUCUGGUUGUGGAAUCCAGCCAUUAGAAAGGUCCAUCGAGUGCCAAAAUCUCUGAACAAGUAUGAGGGUGAGUCCUUUUCUGUAGGAUUUGGGUUCAGCUCAAUCGUCAAUGAUUACAAGAUAGUGAAACUUUUCAUGUCUGAUUGUUUGGUUGCUCGAGUGGAAGUGUAUGCAUUAAUGACAGGGUUAUGGACAAAAGUUGAACCCGGGAACUUAGAGGGUGCCUGUGUUAGCCAUCCUAGCGCUUUCAAUUGUAAUGGAGCUAUCUUUUGGGUUGGGAUGAAGGAAGGUGUGGAUGUGGGCAGAAAAAUAGUUUCAUUUGACAUAGGAAUGGAACUGGUCACGUUGAUACCAUUUUGUAAGAAAAUAGGCCAGUACACCCUUGGUGGAUUGGACCCAAAUUCAUUAAAUUUUAGGGUUCUGAUGUAA